GACGGAAUGUGAGCAGCGAGCUCCAGUCCAGGAUUCUCCUCCCAGAGACCGUUAUGGAGCCCGUUGACUUGCACUGAAAACAGCUUUUCUUUUUAUACACAGCUGCCAACGUAAACGUGAACGACGUGGAUACCGAGUCCACUUUGGCCACACUAACGACCUAGCGACCGAUCUCCACUUCACUUCCGCGCUACCUUGGCGCUAACAUGGUGAUCUCCGUCCUGUGGGGCUGGACCGCCCCGGUCCUGGUGGUUCUCCUUGUUCUGCUUUCGAUCGCGUUUCUCUCUUACUGCGUGUACCUCAAAUACAUCCACAUGAAGUACGAUCACAUCCCCGGGCCGCCGAGAGACAAUUUCUUCCUCGGACAUUCACCCACGCUUCUGAGGGCCAUGAACGGUGACGGAGUGAUCCACGAUAAGUUCCAGGAGUGGUCAGAGACGUACGGGCCUGUUUACAGGAUCAAUAUCCUUCACUACGUUAAUCUCGGUGUCACCUGUCAGGAAGCCACCAAGGAAAUCCUCAUGUCCCCCAAGUACCCCAAAAAUAGGAUGGUCUACACGAAACUCUUCAACCUGUUUGGUCAAAGGUUCUUUGGCAACGGCUUGUUAGUAGCACAGCACCAUGAGCAGUGGUACAAACAGCGGCGGAUCAUGGACCCUGCGUUCAGCAGCUUGUAUCUGCGAGGUCUAAUGGGCACCUUCGAUGAGAGGGCAGAGAAACUGAUGAACAGCUUCACGGAUGCUGCUGACAGUAACACUGAGGCCAACAUGCUCACCCUGUUCAACUGUGUUACUCUGGACGUUAUUGCUAAGAUUGGUUUCGGUGUGGAGUUGGAACUGCUGCAUAAUACUUCACCCUUCCCUAAAGCCAUCGAGACAUGUCUAAAAGGGAUGAUUCACAAUCUCAGAGACACCUUUUUUGAGUUUAACCCAAAGAACAGAUCGUUCAUUAAAGAAGUGAGGGAAGCGUGCCGCCUGCUGCGCACAACCGGAGCUCGGUGGUUAAAUGAAAGAAGGAACGCCAUUAAAAUGGGCGAUGACAUCCCCAGGGACAUCCUCACGCACAUCCUCAAAGCUACUGGCCAAGAGGAAAGCGCUACUAAAGAAGAGGAGGAGACCAUGUUGGACAAUUUUAUAACAUUCUUCAUCGCUGGCCAAGAAACAACAGCUAAUCAACUCGGUUUUUGCGUCAUGGAGCUGGCAAGACAUCCGGAUAUAUUGGAGAAGGUGAGGAAGGAGGUGGAUGAUGUCAUUGGGAUGAGACAGGACAUAAGCUAUGAGAACCUGGGGAACCUUACCUACCUCUCACAGGUGCUGAAGGAGACUCUGAGGAUCUAUCCGACAGCUCCAGGCACAUCGCGUGAUGUACUUGAAGACAUGGUCAUAGACGGCAUCCACAUACCUGCAGGAUUCACCUGUAUGUUCAGUACCUAUGUGACUGGGAGAAUGGAGAAGUUCUUCAAGGACCCACUGAAAUUUGAUCCAGACAGAUUUCACCCAGAUGCCACUAAGCCUUAUUACUGCUACUACCCUUUUGCCCUUGGUCCGCGCUCGUGCCUCGGCCAGAACUUUGCUCAGAUGGAGGCUAAAGUGGUGAUGGCCAAGCUGAUCCAGAGGUUUGAUUUCACCCUCGCCCCUGGAGAGACCUUUAAAAUAUUGGACACUGGCACACUCAGACCAAAGAGCGGAGUGGUGUGCUCUAUCAGACACAGGAAUUAUAACGAGAAGAAUGAACACACAGUAGCAUAGGAAGAAAACACAAUGGUCUCUGGGCAGAAAUUAGGUUGUUGGGUUACUCAGGUAAUAGUUUUCUAACUUUUUAAUGCUGCCAGAUUGUUUCAUUACUUUCUGAAUUAUGAGAAGGCUGUAAUGAUCCUGAUUAUUGUUAUUUCUUACAGUAAUGGAGAUAUGGGGAAACAAAUAGGGUUACAGGGCUACAGUAUAAUCUGUACUUCUAUUUGCUUGAACUAACAUUUAAAUUUUGUGUAUUUGCUCUUACUUUAACACAAUAUAAAAUACGAAAAUGAUUAUGGGGGAGAUUCCAUAGACAUAUCUAUCAGUGUUUUCUGUCUGCGGAUAUGAUAAACCUUUAUUUUAUAAAAUAAAUAAUGCAGUUUAAACAAUGCGGGGAAAAAAAUAAUAUAUAUACAUAUAUGUUUACGUUUUAUGUACAUUUUAUGCAAACUUGUUUAUUAUCUUUGUCAUAAGGGUUUGAUAAUGAAAUAAAUAUACGACUAGCAGAAAUUUAAAAUCAAAUAUUUUAUCAAGGCCUUCAAAAAUCCACAUAUCGGUCUGGUUCUUUUUUGUAAAGGCUGUGUGGCAAACAUGCAGAGUGAAGGUGCUGUGGUCGUGUGUCCUAUGCUUGUGUGCUGGAAAACAAAGCACAGUCAAUUCCUAAAAACUCACCUUUCAAAGCAGUGCUUACAAAUUGCCACUGCUGAUUUCCCAUGGUAUUUUUUAUGGUAUGUGGAUUAAAAAUGAUUUUGGAGAAACAUGAAAACCA